AUUAACUUUUCCUAGCGAGCUACUCUGCCACUGUCUAUCGAAAGCAAGAAAGAAGUCUACCCCCUUCUUUUCUUUACACUAUAAUAACAACAACAAACAACCCAGCCGGCCAGUUUCUCCUUCACCUCCGGCAAAGUGAAGAAGAAGAAGAAGAAGAAGGGAAAGUAAUUUUAUCCAUGGGAAGUUCGUCGUGUGGAACCGCAGGAAGGAAUGGAGGAGUGAGGCAGUACAUAAGAUCGAAGGUGCCUCGCCUCCGGUGGACUCCCGACCUUCAUCACUGCUUCCUUCACGCCAUCGACCGCCUCGGCGGCCACCAUAAGGCGACGCCGAAACUGGUGCUUCAGUUGAUGGAUGUGAAGGGACUCACCAUUUCCCAUGUCAAGAGCCAUCUCCAGAUGUAUAGAAGCAUUAGGACUGAUCAGCUGCCUUCCACCACCAACUCAACCCAAGAAGGAAUGGAUCCCAUCAAUGGCGAAGAAGGAACAGAAGAAGUGAAGGAUGGAAGACAACCCAAAAGUGAUCAAUACUACCAGUUUCUUCUCCCCAGCCCCAAAAGGGUGAAAGUGGAGAGUUUGAACAGUGGUAGUGGGAAAGGGGGAGACCAUGGGAGCAUUGUUAUGAUGGAUGGGGAAAGGAUUAGGAAGAAGAGGAAGAGGUGGUCAUCAUGUAAUCAUCAGAUUACUGAGUUCAACAACAACAAGAAGAAGAAGAAGGGAAUCUUUUGUGGUACUGAUCCGUACGAAUCGCUUGAUCUCCUUAACCCCCACCACCAUAAUCAUCAUAUCCACAAUGGAAUAAUGAACUCAAAUCAGCAACAGUACCACAUUGGUGGUGGAGGAGGAGGAGGAGGAGGGUUCAGGUGUGGCCAGAUGCAGCUUUCUCACCAUGCUCCCACUAAUGGAGUUAGUACAAAGACGACUAAUGGAUUUUCUAGCUUUACCCACCACCGGGAAGAAUCUCGUUUCCUCGAGGUUAUGAAAGUUGAGACCGCCGCCGAUCUAGUUAACGGAGUAGCCAGCUGGAAAAGCAAGGAACUGCCGGAGGUGGCCGCCGGAGGAGCUGGCAGCGGUGAUGAGAGAACGGGGGUAGUUGGCCAUAGUGAAGGCAACGGUGGCAGUGGUCGGAGUAGUUGCGAGUUGUCGUUGUCGUUGUCAUUGCCCGGCGGAGGCAGCGAGGUUGACGGCGGUCUUUCUUCGAGUCUCACUACUUUCUCUUCGCAUUACUACUGCUACGAUAGUAAUUAUGGCAGUAGGUUUAAGGACGUAUCUUCGUCGUCGUCUUGCUCGAAUCCUACGCUCAACCUGGACCUUUCCAUUGCUCUAUGUGGCACUUAAUUAGAUGUAUGGUGUUGUUCUUCAUUAGUUGUAAUUUUUUUCUUUUUUGCCAUUAGAUGACUUAGUUGUAUUUUCUGUUUCAUUGUGGUAGUUUGUAGUGCGUUACUAGCUACCACGUACGUACAUAUGAAGUAUGAUUAUUAUCCUAGUUGUUUUUGUGCUUUGUGUGUGAAGGAAAAGGAAGGGAUUAUCUCCUCUCGGCCUGACCUGCUAGGUCUGAGCCCAUUAGUUCUCUCUAAAUGAUAAAAUCUGCUGGUAUUUAAUAAAAUGGGCCAUGAAACAGCUGCGGCAACCAUUUAUGCAGGGAUCAAAGAUGCUCAUGUUUUGGAGAACCUAGCUCUUCAGGAUUGUCUCAAGGAAUGCAGCACAAGACAGCUCACAUCGCUUCUUAUUACGGGCGACGCGAAGGUUAUCCUGGAUAAAUGUUUGGCAGGGGAUUUCAAUGAUUCUAAAGUUGGCGCAAUUUUGCGUGAGAUCCAAGCCUUGUUGGCUGGUUUUGGGGGGUAUUGUGAUCUACGUUUCGUAGGUCGUCAUUGGAACAGGGAGGCUCAUUUAGUGGCCAAAAAGUCCCUGAGUUUGUCGCCUCGGGUCCUGUCGAGGUUCGACUAUGUGUCUUGGUUACGUAGUUUGUAAUUGACGGUGUGUGGAUCUUAUCUCCAUCUCGUUUGAGAUCGGUUGAAUAGCAAAAAAAAAAAAAAAA